AUGAGUCUUCUGCUUUGUGUGAUGAAGUGGCUGGAGUAUUGCUGGAAUGGAGUGGCGAAGCGGGUGCGGGAGCAGGCGGAAUAUCAGUCGAGGAUGCGGACUCAGGUCCAGGAGGCUGUGGCCAACUGUCUCCCCCCAUUGGUGCCCGCUAUGAAAGAGGAUGCACCGGCACUGGUACAGAAGCUGCUACACCAGCUGCUGGAGUCGGAGAACUACGGAGAGCGCAAGGGCGCAGCGUAUGGGCUGGCUGGCCUCGUCAAGGGCAUGGGCAUCCUGGUUCUGAAGCAACUGGAUAUCAUGAGUACACUCACCACCGCCAUACAGGACAAGAAGAACUACAGGCACAGGGAAGGGGCACUGUUCGCAUUUGAGAUGCUGUGUCACGUGCUGGGCCGACUGUUUGAGCCGUACAUCGUGCACGUCUUGCCGCACUUGCUGCUAUGUUUUGGUGAUGGCAGCCAGUAUGUUCGCGACGCCACAGAAGACUGCGCACGUGUCGUCAUGGGCAAGCUGUCGGCUCACGGGGUCAAGUUGGUGCUGCCCUCACUGCUGGCUGCACUGGAGGAGGACUCGUGGCGGACCAAAACUGGUUCUGUGGAGCUGCUAGGAGCAAUGGCGUUCUGCGCACCCAAGCAGCUGUCGUCCUGCCUGCCCAACAUCGUGCCCAAGCUAAUAGAAGUGCUCAGCGACUCCCACAUCAAGGUGCAGAAGGCAGGAGCUCAGGCACUCAAGCAGAUCGGCUCAGUCAUCCGUAAUCCUGAGAUCCAAGCGAUCGUGCCCGUGCUGCUAGAAGCCCUGCAAGAUCCAAGCCACAAGACCGCCACCUGCCUACAAACGCUGCUGGACACACAGUUCGUGCACUUCAUCGACGCACCGUCACUCGCGCUCAUCAUGCCCGUGGUCCAGCGUGCAUUCAUGGACCGGUCCACCGAGACACGUAAGAUGGCGGCCCAGAUCAUCGGCAACAUGUACUCACUUACAGACCAGAAGGACCUGACGCCGUACCUGCCCACGAUCAUUCCAGGGCUCAAGUCCUCCCUACUGGACCCUGUGCCUGAGGUGCGGCAGCGUGUCAGCGCGCGUGCCCUGGGUGCAAUGGUGAGGGGCAUGGGAGAGUCCAGUUUUGAGGAUCUGCUGCCGUGGCUCAUGCAAACACUCACCUCCGAGUCCUCGUCUGUAGACAGAUCGGGAGCGGCACAGGGCAUCAGUGAGGUGGUAGGAGGCCUGGGAGUGGAGAAACUGCGCAAACUGAUGCCAGAAAUCAUCAGCACAGCGGAGAGGACUGACAUAGCACCUCACGUGAAGGAUGGUUACAUCAUGAUGUUCAUAUACAUGCCUGUCGUCUUCACCAACGAGUUCACCCCGUACAUCGGACAGAUCAUCACACCCAUACUUAAGGCGCUGGCGGAUGAGAACGAGUAUGUGAGAGACACGGCCCUGAAGGCUGGACAGAGGAUAGUGAACCUGUACGCAGACUCUGCCAUCAUGCUGCUGUUGCCUGAACUGGAGCGUGGACUGUUUGAUGACAACUGGAGGAUCAGAUACAGCUCUGUACAACUGCUUGGAGACCUACUGUACCGUAUUUCUGGUGUCUCUGGCAAGAUGAGUACAGAGACGGCCAACGAGGAUGACAACUUUGGUACAGAGCAGUCUCACAAGGCGAUCAUCGAGGCGCUGGGAGGAGAGAGGCGCAACCGCGUGCUGGCCGGACUGUACAUGGGUCGCAGUGAUGUGUCACUGAUGGUGCGACAGAGGGCGGCACUACAUGUGUGGAAGGUUGUGGUAACCAACACACCUCGCACAUUGAGGGAGAUCCUGCCGACACUCUUCGGCCUGUUGUUGGGUUGUCUCGCGUCUACCAGCUACGACAAGCGACAGGUGGCAGCGAGGACUCUGGGUGACCUGGUGAGGAAGCUGGGAGAGCGAGUGCUGCCGGAGAUUAUACCAAUACUGGAGCGUGGCUUGGAGUCCGACCAGCCUGACCAGCGACAGGGUGUGUGUAUCGGUCUGUCCGAGAUCAUGGCAUCCACCAGUCGAGACAUGGUGCUCACCUUCGUCCACAGUCUUGUGCCCACUGUCAGGCGUGCGCUGUGUGACCCGUUACCGGAGGUGCGACAAGCUGCAGCCAAGACGUUCGACAGCCUGCACUCGACUGUGGGCAAACGAGCUCUAGAUGACAUCCUACCAUCUAUGCUGAACCAGCUGACCAACCCAGAGCCAGGAAUAGCCGAGUGCGCGCUGGACGGUCUGCGCCAAGUGAUGGCUAUCAAGUCACGGGUGGUGCUUCCGUACCUGGUGCCUCAGCUGACUGCCACUCCAGUCAACACCAAGGCACUGUCCAUCCUGGCGGCUGUGGCAGGCGAAGCUCUCACCAAGUAUCUGCACAAGAUACUGCCGGCCCUGCUCUCCGUACUGGCCUCCAACCCUGCCAGCACUCAGGAGUUGGAGUACUGUCAGGCUGUUGUAUUGUCAGUAACGGACGAGGUGGGCGUGCGAGCCAUCAUGGAUCAGCUGAUGGAGGUGACGCGCAGUGAGGACGUGUGUAUGCGCCGUGCAGCCGCGACACUGCUCUGUGCGUUCUGCUCGCACACGCGUGCGGACUACAGCCAGUACGUGCCACAGCUGCUGCGCGGGUUGAUACACCUGUUCACAGACCAGGACCGCGAGGUGCUGCAGAUCUCUUGGGAAGCUUUGAGCGCCGUUACUAAGACAUUAGACACAGAGCAGCAGAUAAACCAUGUUAACGACAUCAGACAGGCUGUUCGCUUUGCUGUAAGCGAUCUGAAGGGCAGUGACCUGCUACCAGGAUUCUGUUUACCCAAGGGAAUAACUCCGAUCCUGCCACUGUUCCGAGAAGCGAUCCUGAACGGAGUGCCGGAGGUGAAGGAGCAGGCCGCCCAGGGGCUGGGGGAGGUCAUCAAGCUAACUUCUGCCGAGGCUCUGCAGCCUUCAGUAGUCCACAUCACUGGGCCUCUCAUCAGGAUUCUGGGAGACAGGUUCAACUGGAGUGUGAAGGCCGCAGUCCUGGAGACUCUGGCUCUGCUCCUGGCCAAGGUGGGAGUUAUGCUGAAACAGUUCCUGCCGCAACUACAGACCACGUUCCUCAAGGCUCUCAACGACGCAAAUCGCCAAGUCAGACUGAAGGCUGCGGCUGCAUUGGGCCACCUUAUCGUCAUACACACUCGGGCGGACCCCCUCUUCUCCGAGCUGCACACCGGCGUCAAGUCUGCAGAGGACCCGGCCAUCAGAGAGACAAUGCUGCAAGCGCUGCGAGGAGUGAUCAGUCCGGCGGGAGACAAGAUGUCCGAGGCUCUACGCAAGUCUGUGUACCAGACCCUAACGAACAUGCUGUCCCACCCGGAGGAUGUCACUCGGUCUGCAGCCGCUGGGUGUCUGGGGGCUCUGGCGCGCUGGCUCAACCCUGACCAGCUCUGUGCUACACUCACUGACAACCUCCUGCAGGACGAUGUAUCCGUGGACUGGACGCUGAGGCACGGUCGUAGUGCAGCUCUGAUGGUAGCGCUGAAAGAAGGACCUUCCUCUGUGUACACCGACGACUACGCGGAGAAGAUCAACAGGACACUUCUGGGUUACCUGGUCGCUGACAGGGUUCCCAUCGUGAUGAAUGGUGUGAGAGGCCUCGGCUACCUGUUCCAGCACAUGAUGAGAAACUCUGUCAAAAUACCACAGACCCUCCUCUCUCCCUUCUGUAGGACGAUGAACCACACGAACAAUGAGGUGAAGCAGCUGGUGGCACGGGUCUGCUCGUAUCUGGCGCGCACCGAGCCGGCACUGUCGCCCGAGUUCCUGAAGGCCGCUCUGCCCAUGCUGGUCAACGGUACCAAGGAGAAGAAUGGCUACGUCAAAGCCAACAGUGAGCUGUCUUUGGUCACAGUGUUGAGGUUGCGGCAGGGCGACACCAUGCAGCAGCAAUGUCUGAACUUGCUGGACGGAGGCGCCAGAGAUGCUCUGAGUGAUGUCAUUACCAAGAACCUGCGCAAGGUGGCCAACCAGCCCGAGGGCAAGGAAGAGGAGCUGGACGAUACACUGCUGACUUGAUUACACCCCCGACCCCCCUCUGCCCCUCCACCCCCUAGAUGGGGGGCCGACUGGUCCCUGUCACCACAAUCACUUGCACAAAUCGUUCUUCUCGUGAACUCCUCCCAUCACAGAAAUACAAGUUUACACUUUCCGUCAGCAAAUUUACAAUUAUACUGUCAGUCCUUACGUCAAACCGUUCAGUAUUGCUGUUUAGAACCGUAGGCCUACAACGUCUUCUUUGCCACUAAUAUAUAAGCCGAUAUUUAUUUAUGAUACUGAAGGGGGGUUUAUACUGAAAUAUUUGUCUGAACUGUUUUAGUUAGUAAAUAUAUAUUUCUGCGGUUCAUUUUUAUUCGGAUUUAAUACCGCCCAAUUAUAUUUUUCACCUGUAAAAGGUGUCUAAAAAGUAAAAACUAAGUAUAUAACUCGUAUAGUUAUGUUAAUUUAUUCUUGUCACCAUUUUAAUCUGUUUUAUUUUAACAUUUUUUGUUGAAUUUUGUUUAUACAUUUUCGACUGCGAAGCUUUAAUAUGUGUGAUACUCGACCUAAUGGAAAUCCUUGUUAGAAAAGGUUUUGAACAGUGACGCGCACAUAACCACGGUCUUGUGUGUUGAGCAUGACAGGACCAGUCGGCCUGUGACGCUGAGGGGGACAUUACCGUACUGUAAUCUAUGUGUGAUCCAGUAAUGUAGCUCAUAUUUGUUAUUGAGAUUCAAACUUUAUCCUCGCCAAGGGACUUAUUAAGUUACAUUAAGCAUUCUUUGUGUUUUGUAAGAGUAAAUAUAGUUAUGGUGAUAA